GGUCUUUUCAUUUAAUAGUCAACCAGAACAAUGUUCUACGCACAUUUUGUCCUCAGUAAAAGAGGGCCUCUGGCCAAAAUUUGGCUGGCGGCCCAUUGGGAUAAGAAACUAACCAAAGCCCAUGUAUUCGAGUGUAACUUAGAGAGCAGUGUGGAGAGCAUCAUCUCACCAAAGGUAAAGAUGGCUCUCCGAACAUCAGGGCAUCUCUUGCUGGGAGUAGUUCGAAUUUAUCACAGAAAAGCCAAAUAUCUCCUUGCAGACUGUAAUGAAGCUUUCAUUAAGAUAAAGAUGGCUUUUCGGCCAGGUGUUGUUGACUUGCCUGAGGAAAAUCGAGAAGCUGCUUACAAUGCUAUUACUUUACCAGAAGAAUUUCACGACUUUGAUCAGCCACUGCCUGACUUAGAUGACAUCGAUGUGGCCCAGCAGUUCAGCCUUAACCAGAGUAGAGUGGAAGAGAUAACCAUGAGAGAAGAAGUUGGGAACAUCAGUAUCCUGCAAGAAAAUGAUUUUGGUGACUUUGGAAUGGAUGAUCGUGAGAUAAUGAGAGAAGGCAGCGCUUUUGAAGAUGAUGACAUGUUAGUAAGCACUAGUGCUUCUAACCUCCUAUUAGAACCUGAACAGAGCACCAGCAAUUUGAAUGAGAAAAUUAACCAUUUAGAAUAUGAAGACCAGUAUAAGGAUGACAAUUUUGGAGAAGGAAAUGAUGGUGGCAUAUUAGAUGACAAACUUAUUAGUAAUAAUGAUGGUGGCAUCUUUGAUGAUCCCCCUGCCCUGUCUGAGACGGGUGUCAUGUUACCUGAACAGCCAACACAUGAUGAUAUGGAUGAAGAUGACAAUGUAUCCAUGGGUGGACCUGAUAGUCCUGACUCAGUGGAUCCUGUUGAACCAAUGCCAACUAUGACUGAUCAAACAACACUUGUUCCAAAUGAGGAAGAAGCCUUUGCUUUAGAACCUAUUGAUAUCACUGUCAAAGAAACAAAAGCCAAGCGGAAGAGAAAGCUAAUUGUUGACAGUGUUAAAGAGUUGGAUAGCAAGACAAUUAGAGCCCAACUUAGUGAUUAUUCUGAUAUUGUUACUACUUUGGAUCUUGCACCACCUACCAAGAAAUUGAUGAUGUGGAAAGAAACAGGAGGAGUUGAAAAACUCUUCUCUUUACCUGCUCAGCCUUUGUGGAAUAACAGACUACUGAAGCUCUUUACACGCUGUCUUACACCACUAGUACCUGAAGACCUGAGGAAAAGGAGGAAAGGAGGAGAGGCUGAUAAUUUGGAUGAGUUCCUCAAAGAAUUUGAAAACCCAGAGGUUCCCAGAGAGGAACAACAGCAGCAACAUCAACAGCGUGAUGUUAUUGAUGAACCCAUUUUGGAAGAGCCAAGCCGCCUCCAAGAAUCAACAAUGGAGACUAGCAGGACAAACUUGGAUGAGUCGGCCAUGCCCCCACCGCCACCUCAGGGAGUCAAGCGGAAAGCAGGCCAAGUUGACCCAGAGCCUGUGAUGCCUCCUCAGCAGGUAGAACAGAUGGAAAUGCCUCCUGUGGAGCUGCCCCCAGAAGAACCUACAAAUAUCUGUCAGUUGAUUCCAGAGUUACAGCUUCUACCAGAAAAAGAGAAGGAGAAAGAAAAGGAAAAAGAAGAUGAUGAAGAGGAGGAGGAUGAAGAUGCCUCAGGGGGUGAUCAGGAUCAAGAAGAAAGAAGAUGGAACAAGAGAACUCAGCAAAUGCUUCAUGGUCUUCAGCGAGCUCUUGCUAAAACUGGAGCUGAAUCUAUAAGUUUGCUUGAGUUAUGUCGAAACACCAACAGAAAACAAGCUGCAGCGAAGUUCUACAGUUUCUUAGUUCUCAAAAAGCAGCAAGCUAUUGAGCUUACCCAGGAAGAACCAUACAGUGACAUCAUCGCCACCCCUGGACCAAGGUUCCACAUUAUUUGAGCGGAUAGAAGCAUUAAGCUAGUGUUCAUUUCACUAGUGUGUACAAAUUGCCCCAUGUGUAGGGCAUACAAAACCCUUGGGGAAAGUUUAGCUUUUUGUCUGUACAAAGUCACUGUGUUUUUCUUUUCUUUCUUUUUUUUUCUCCAGUAUUUUAUCAAUUUCAUCUUUAAGGGAUUUGCUUGUGUGGAUUGUUUGUGAAGAAAAAACAAGCACCCCACCGGCUCAGAAAAUUUUAAAACCAGUUCAAAACCAGUGUGUGCAAUAUUAGCACAUGUAACAAUGUUGAGUAGCAGUCAAAAGUUGGGAUUUUAAUCUUUGUUCUUUACUGCAUUGGAAAAGAAAGUGUAUCAGGAAAAAUGACAUUGUAAGAACUAUGCUAUGCUGCGUAUUUGAUAGACAUUCUUUUCCUGUGAGUAACACCGGCAAUCUUCUUGCAACCACUGUGCUUCGGGAGAGUAUCCCAAACUACAGAGGUAUUCUUGAAGUACGUUUUUAAAGUAUAAUUCCAUAAUGGACAGGUUGGGGUGGGGGGAGGAAUAUGGAUGUGUGAAACUGUAUUGUAACUGAUACCCUUCAGCUACAAUGGACUUGAUUUUAAAUUGUUCUAUUUUGUAAAUCAUUCCAUUUGAAACUACUUUAUAAUUAAUCUUGCAGUCCUGAAUACUGUUUUAGUAAAGCUCUAAAAACGAGCAGAUAAUGACUUUUUAGAAUAGAAUGACUAUAAAAAGCAACUUUCCAGGAGCUAUAAAUCAAAGAUUUUUUAAUGUUGGAUAUACUGAAUAUUCAAAUCAUGAAAAUAGAAAUUGCGAACCAACUGAAAGGACAAGGACAAACUGAUGGGGAACUAUAUAACCUGGUUAACUUAACCUUUAAGCAGACAGUGCUGUAAAAACUAAUGGCUUCUCUGAUAUUUAUUAUGUUUUUAGUACUGAUCUCUUAUCAAUUCUGCACAGUCCUGUGUUUGAAAUUUUAAUAGCUUUGCAACAAAUCCUAUAUCCCGUUUCCUGUAAUUUAAGUGAAGAAAAAAUCCAAAUAAAGGCUUUAUUAUUAAUGGACCAGAUAGCACCAGAAAUUAUGUGACUACGAUUUUCAAAUCAUGUCUUAACUUUUUAGGGCAGAAUUACUCAGAUUGAAAGUUCUAGCUUAAGUGUUGGCACUUUUGUGGGGGAAAGAUAUCACUUUUGAAACAGCCUUUGUGUGUACCCCGUAACUUAAAAUUAUGUGAAAUGUUUUAAAUUUGUGGACUCGUAAUUAAUGUUUUGAUUCCGUUUUUUGAGAAUGGUAAUUGUAUAAAAUUGCUAUUGCAGCUUUAUUUUCAAUAUGAUGUGCCUGUAAACCAUGGAUUUUUCUCCCUUUGUAAAAAGACAUUGUAGAUAAUUGAAUGUUUGAUUAUAGAAAGGUCAUUAGUUACUUGUUACACAUUUUGUUAGUCUGGUUUUUGUUGCUUAUCGGGUUUAAUAUUGUUCUUGAAAAUAGUUGAUGCUAUGUUAUGUAUAACUUUUCUAAUAAAAGUUGUGUUAUAAGCUGUA